GAGAGAACAUGGCUGCCGUGCGAGAUCUGCGGUAAAAAGUUUGACAGACCGAGUCUGCUGAAACGUCAUAUGCGUACUCACACAGGCGAGAAGCCCCACGCGUGCGACGUGUGCGGCAAGGCAUUCUCCACCUCGUCGUCGCUCAACACGCACCGGAGAAUCCACUCCGGCGAGAAACCACACCAGUGUAAGAUCUGUGGAAAGUGCUUCACAGCCAGCUCCAACCUCUACUACCAUAGAAUGACCCACAACAAGGACAAGCCUCACAAGUGUACGAUGUGUUCCAAGUCGUUCCCGACCCCCGGGGAUCUCCGCUCCCACAUGUACGUACACAGCGGCUCGUGGCCCUACAAGUGCGACAUCUGCAAUCGAGGCUUCAGCAAGCAGACGAACCUCAAGAAUCAUCUCUUGCUGCACACAGGAGAUCGACCACACGCCUGUUCGCUGUGUGGUAAAAAGUUCGCCCUUCAAUGUAACCUGAAAACACACAUGAAAACACAUGAAGGUGAUAACAAGGAGAAAGAUGCCUGUCGAAUAUGCAACAAGUUCUUCCUCGUGUCGAGCGGCAAAAUCCAAGAUGGCGUCUGCCACCUGUGUGCAGACGACAGAACAGUUUCCCUGGCCGAACGACACACUGAAAACUUGGACAACAACGCAGACCUUAGAAACAAGACAUCACCAAGGAAACACAGCGAUUUCAGCAUUUCUAAGAUUACCGAAAAAGACAAAGGCCGCUCAUUUAAGACAAGCCCGACUCGUCAGAACAAGCAAUUCCUGACAUCCACUCCGACCUAUUCCUACCAGCGCUGUGUGUUCGGGAUGCCUGCUUCGGCUACUGUCGGUUCCAUGUUUUGUGGGUCUCCACGGGAAACGCUGGCUCCGUUUCAUCGUUUCGGAAAAACUUCACCAGAAGGAAUUCCAACUUUUCCAGGCUCCAGUUACUUUCCAAGUCCACAGGCACUGUACGGAAAUUCCAACCCUGCGAUACAUUUUAGUCAAACGAUGUGGCCAGGGCUAAUAACAUAG